AUGAUUGUGCUAUUAUUCUUCGCCUUGCUCUGGAUGGUGGAAGGAGUCUUUUCCCAGCUUCACUACACGGUGCAGGAGGAGCAGGAACAUGGCACUUUCGUGGGGAAUAUCGCUGAAGAUCUGGGCUUGGACAUUACAAAACUUUCGGCUCGCGGGUUUCAAACGGCGCCCAACUCUCGGACCCCUUACUUGGACCUCAACCUGGAGACCGGGGUGUUGUACGUGAAUGAGAAGAUUGACCGCGAGCAAAUCUGCAAGCAGAGCCCCUCCUGCGUCCUGCACCUCGAGGUCUUCCUGGAAAACCCCCUGGAGCUGUUCCGGGUGGAGAUCGAGGUGUUGGACAUCAAUGACAACCCCCCCUCCUUCCCGGAGCCGGACCUGACCGUGGAGAUCUCUGAGAGCGCCACGCCGGGCACCCGCUUCCCCUUGGAGAGCGCAUUCGACCCAGACGUGGGCACCAACUCCUUGCGCGACUACGAGAUCACCCCCAACAGCUACUUCUCCCUGGACGUGCAGACCCAGGGGGAUGGCAACCGAUUCGCCGAGCUGGUGCUGGAGAAGCCGCUGGACCGAGAGCAGCAAGCGGUGCACCGCUACGUGCUGACCGCGGUGGACGGGGGAGGAGGAGGGGGAGGAGGAGAAGGAGGAGGGGGCGGCGCGGGAGGGGGCCUGCUCCCCCAGCAGCAGCGCACCGGCACGGCCCUACUCACCAUCCGAGUGCUGGACUCCAACGACAAUGUGCCCGCCUUCGACCAACCCGUCUACACUGUGUCCCUCCCAGAGAACUCGCCGCCGGGCACGCUCGUGAUCCAGCUUAACGCCACAGACCCAGAUGAGGGCCAGAAUGGCGAGGUCGUGUACUCCUUCAGCAGCCACAUUUCGCCCCGGGCGCGGGAGCUCUUCGGACUCUCUCCUCGCACUGGCCGACUGGAGGUGAGCGGCGAGCUGGACUACGAAGAGAGCCCGGUGUACCAAGUGUACGUGCAAGCCAAGGACCUGGGCCCCAACGCCGUGCCCGCGCACUGCAAGGUGAUAGUGAGAGUGCUGGAUGCCAACGACAACGCGCCGGAGAUCAGCUUCAGCACCGUGAAGGAGGCGGUGAGCGAGGGCGCGGCGCCCGGCACGGUGGUGGCCUUGUUCAGCGUGACCGACCGCGACGCAGAGGAGAAUGGGCAGGUGCAGUGCGAGCUGCUGGGGGAUGUGCCGUUCCGCCUCAAGUCUUCCUUCAAAAACUACUAUACCAUCGUGACCGAGGCCCCUCUGGACCGAGAGGCGGGGGACUCCUACACCCUGACCGUGGUGGCUCGGGACCGGGGCGAGCCUGCGCUCUCCACCAGUAAGUCGAUCCAGGUGCAAGUGUCCGAUGUGAACGACAACGCACCGCGAUUCAGCCAGCCGGUCUACGACGUGUAUGUGACCGAAAACAAUGUGCCGGGCGCCUACAUCUACGCGGUGAGCGCCACAGACCGUGACGAGGGCGCCAACGCCCAGCUAGCCUACUCUAUCCUCGAGUGCCAGAUCCAGGGCAUGAGCGUCUUCACUUACGUGUCCAUCAACUCCGAGAACGGCUACUUGUACGCCCUGCGCUCCUUCGACUACGAGCAGCUCAAGGACUUCAGCUUCCAGGUGGAAGCCCGGGACGCCGGCAGCCCUCAGGCGCUGGCUGGCAACGCCACCGUCAACAUCCUCAUCGUGGAUCAGAACGACAACGCCCCUGCCAUAGUGGCGCCCCUUCCGGGGCGCAACGGGACUCCGGCGCGCGAGGUGCUGCCCCGCUCGGCGGAGCCCGGUUACCUGCUGACCCGCGUAGCCGCGGUGGACGCGGACGACGGCGAGAACGCCCGGCUCACCUACAGCAUUGUGCGGGGUAACGAAAUGAACCUCUUCCGCAUGGACUGGCGCACCGGGGAGCUCCGCACGGCGCGCCGGGUGCCGGCCAAGCGCGACCCCCAGCGGCCUUACGAGCUGGUGAUCGAGGUGCGCGACCACGGGCAACCUCCCCUGUCCUCCACCGCCACCCUGGUGGUGCAGCUGGUGGAUGGCGCUGUCGAGCCCCAGGGCGGGGGCGGGGGCGGGGGGUCAGGGGAGCACCAGCGCCCCAGCCGCUCCGGCGGCGGGGAGACCUCGCUGGACCUCACCCUCAUCCUCAUCAUCGCGCUGGGCUCGGUGUCCUUCAUCUUCCUGCUGGCCAUGAUCGUGCUUGCCGUGCGUUGCCAAAAAGAGAAGAAGCUCAACAUCUACACGUGUCUGGCCAGCGACUGCUGCCUCUGCUGCUGCUGCUGCAGCGGUGGCGGCUCGACCUGCUGCGGCCGCCAAGCCCGGGCGCGCAAGAAGAAACUCAGCAAGUCGGACAUCAUGCUGGUGCAAAGCUCCAACGUACCCAGUAACCCGGCCCAAGUGCCGGUGGAGGAGUCCGGGAGCUUUGGCUCCCAUCACCACAACCAGAAUUACUGCUACCAGGUCUGCCUGACCCCCGAGUCCGCCAAGACCGACCUGAUGUUCCUUAAACCCUGCAGCCCUUCGCGGAGUACGGACACUGAGCACAACCCUUGCGGGGCCAUCGUCACGGGCUACACAGACCAGCAGCCCGACAUCAUCUCCAACGGAAGCAUUUUGUCCAACGAGGUAAGGCUGAAGCGCCAGGACCACCAUCUCUCAUCUCCUCCAUCUGAAAGCCUCCUCUAG